UCCGGACAGUUUCUAAAUGCAGAACAUUUAUUAUUACAUCCAUGUUUGUUCUUUAUUAAGAAUCACAUUUGUGUUGUAUAUUUAAUUUCAAUCAUUUUUAUAACUGGUUGGCAAGUUGUCUAACUAAACUUACUUAAUCAGGUGAUCAUGUAAAAUCAGUUAUGCUUGCUCUCUGGAAUUUUACUGAAAAUGCAUUCUUUCUUUUAGCUUUAUCAAUCUGUUUUAGAUUUUCUUUAAGUUUCACUCGAUUUUUUAAUUCUUUAACUCCUAACUCCCUCUUCAAACUUACCAAAACAUUGCAUGACAGGUGACAAAGAUGCUGUUUAAACAAAAUGUAUACAGCUAUCUAUUUCCUGAACCCUAAUUUUACAUCAGAGGGCCAAGGUGACCCAGAGCCUCUCACUGUUGCGACUGUGGACAAGACUGAGACGAGCCCUGAAUCGUAAUCAGACCAUCAAUGUUAACAAGAACCUUAGUGAAAACUUUGUGAUGUAUAUAACUCCACCAGUUAUAAGUAAAGCAAAAAUUAACGAGUAGUUCUCAUUGCUAAUUAAGAUUUUUUUCUAGAUGAAAACGCUUCGACCAGUUCCCCCAAAAUAUGCUGUCAGUGUUUUAAAUGUUAGCAAUACAUAAAAAAGAACGUUUCACCCUUUGUAGUUGUGAAGAAGUAUCCUCGUUUUUCAUGUUCCUUUUUAGAGUUAUGUGCUGAAUUUCUUCUCCAAUCCCAUGCAGGAAGAUUGAUGGAUUUUGGAUUGGGAUUGUAAUGGGAUGGCAGUAGAACAGUAAAUCGUUAUGCUGAUAGGAUGUGAGUCCCUAGUAUAAAAAAUCAGUACUGUGUCUUUAAGAUGUCUUUGUCUGGCGAGUACCUUAUUUACCCUUUCGAUCCAACCUAACUUGUUCUUUUACGCUACGUAAAUAGCGUAGCUGAACUAGUUAGUGUGAUAGGCGCAUUGCGCAGAUAUUGGUGAAUUUUCUUCCUCUGUUAUGAAGGUGGUGUCUGGACGCAAGGAUACGUGGUUAGCGUAGCUGCCCCCCAAUAUAGGGGGUGCUGCUCGGCGAACCGGCGCGCAGGCAGAUGCGAGAAUCUCCAUCACUUCUCCAGCUUUCAGGGAUGCUAAAGUGACGGACAGCUUCACCAAUAGACAGGCCAAUCUGGUCAACACCGGCUGACCUCGGGACCAAUCAGAGCGUCGCGCGGAGGAGGGAUCUUUGCGGUUCGGUUGUCUCGCGGUCGGUGACAGCUUUCGCGUGCUGAUGAUGGCGGUAAAUAAAAGCCUUGAGAUAAAAAACACGCUUUUUUCCUUUUAAAAAUUAAGCAAAAGUGCCUAUUGUACAAACUGUCGCGGCCAUCAAGAUUAAGGGGAAACGCAAGACACCGAAUCGCGCUUGCCUUUAUAACACGAGUUUACAGCCAGUAAAAGUUUGUGGCGGUUUUUGUGCAUGUUUUUGUUUUUCGCCCCCACCGUUUUUCAAGAGUCAAGAGAUUUUUUAUUUUUUUGCAAUCUACUAUCUAUGGUGUAUUUUACAAAGUUUAUCCAGAAGAAUAACCGACCCUGUGGAUUGAGUGUGCGCUCAAUUUGGCGCUUUUAAAUCUCAGCGACUGUCUGCUAUUCUGUUCCUUCUUCGGCCGGCUGUUGGAUUAAAGUUACGCUGGCGGUUCUCGCGGAGUUUCCUUCAGUCACACUCUUUGUUCUGCAGACUGAAUUGCCUGUGAAGCAUGAACAAACCUGCACAUCAAUAUGUCUGAGAUGUUAAUAUUCCAGUCCACAUCCUUAGUGAGUACUAGGAUGAACUUUUAUACUGGGAGAUGGUCACAUUCCUGAUUGAGCGCAUGUCUUUGCUGAGUAAUGGAUCGGUGUAAACACGUGGGACGCUUGCGUCUAGCCCAGGACCACUCUAUUCUAAACCCACAGAAGUGGCACUGCAUAGACUGCCAAACCACAGAGUCUGUGUGGGCUUGUCUGAAGUGUUCCCAUGUGGCAUGUGGGCAUUACAUAGAGGAGCAUGCUCUUAAACAUUUUCAAGAAUCGCGGCACCCACUGGCCAUGGAAGUGCAUGAACUCAAUGUGUUUUGCUAUCUUUGUGAUGACUAUGUACUGAAUGACAAUGCUGAAGGAGACUUGAAACUUCUACGGGGAGCACUUAGUACUGUGUGUAGCAAAGAAUGCGAUCCAUCUCAGCCAGUUCGUCGCAGCCUCCGUUCUUUGGCCUCCAUUGAUAACUCCUCUCAUCAACAAAAGGAGACAGGCGGACAGGCUGCUAUGCAGACAGCAUUGUGGCAUCGACGUCAGGCUCUACUUAGUAAGGCAAUGAGGGCCUGGUUCCUGAAAAGCUCAAGGGGAAGACAAAGAUUUGAGGAAGAGCAAAGAAAGAAAGAGAUUGAGAAGAAGAAAGAAGAGAUGCGUCAGCGAAGGCAGGAGGUUAAGCGACGACUGUUAGAGGAACUGGCAAGUUCACCUCCAAGGAAAAGUGCCCGCCUCCUUACCCAAGCACCAAGAGCACCUAUCAUUAUUCCCUCUAAGUUUCGGGAACCUGCAAAUCGAACUCCCCUAUUGGUAAGCUCAGUGUCUCGUAGGUCACUGGGAAAUGCCAGUAAGCUGAGACAAUAUUAUUCCACACCGAAACGGCAAAUAACUCCUGGAGUUACAGGGCUUAGGAACCUGGGAAACACAUGUUACAUGAACUCAAUCUUGCAAGUGCUAAGUCACUUGCAGAAGUUUCGGGAGUGCUUCCUCACACUAGAUCUCAGUGAGACGGAAGAACUUCUCGCCAAGACCUCUGGAAUAAGCAAGUCUCGUGUCUCCGGGAAAAUAUUGAAUGGUACCUCUAACUCCAAUGGGGGGUCAGGUCGACACGAAAGACUAGCCAGCCUCACGGGCAGCAAACAGGGCCUGCACCCAAAAAUAAAUGCUGCUGAGUUGGUGCAGCCAAAGGAGCUGCGCUCAUCCCGGCAGAUGUCUCUCUGCCAUGAGCUGCACACACUGUUUCGAGUGAUGUGGUCAGGCCGCUGGGCUUUAGUGUCUCCCUUUGCCAUGUUGCAUUCUGUAUGGAAUCUCAUUCCAUCCUUCCGUGGCUAUGACCAGCAGGAUGCUCAGGAGUUUCUGUGUGAACUACUGGACAAGGUGCAGCAGGAGCUGGAAUCUGAGGGAACAAAGCGCAAGAUUGUUAUUCCUUUCUCACAGAGGAAACUCACCAAGCAAGUCUUGAAAGUUGUCAACACCAUUUUCCAUGGGCAGCUGCUCAGCCAGGUGACCUGUGUGACUUGCAACUACAAGUCAAACACAGUGGAACCAUUUUGGGACCUUUCUCUUGAGUUCCCAGAGCGCUACCACUGUGUCGAGAAAGGUGCUUCUGCCAUGACCUUUCACGAUGACUGCACACUGACAGAGAUGCUGGCAAAAUUUACUGAAACUGAAGCCCUUGAAGGAAGAAUCUAUGCUUGUGAUCGUUGCAACAGUAAAAGGAGAAAGUCAUCCCCAAAGCCUUUGGUUCUUACAGAAGCAUGCAAACAGUUACUGAUCUUUAGACUACCUCAGGUCUUGCGGCUUCACCUCAAAAGAUUCAGGUGGUCUGGUCGUAAUCACAGAGAGAAAAUUGGUGUACAUGUGAAUUUUGACCAGGUUUUGAACAUGGAGCCUUACUGCUGCAGGGACUCGCUCUCCUCAAUCCACAAGGAGAGUUUUACCUACGACCUAUCUGCUGUUGUCAUGCAUCACGGCAAGGGUUUUGGCUCAGGACACUACACUGCGUACUGCUACAACACUGAGGGGGGUUUCUGGGUCCAUUGUAAUGACUCCAAGAUGAGCGUGUGCAGCGUGGAAGAAGUGUGCAACACUCAGGCUUACAUUCUCUUCUACACUCAGCGAUGCACACAAACCAGCGUAGCUUGAGCUGAGAACCAACUCAUAAAACUCAGGGCUGUGACAGCACUGCAACAGGAACUCCUCUUACCAUGCACCUCAAAAUGGCUAACCACAGUAUGUGAAUUGGACAUGUCAUGCAACAGGUUUUCAUGGGAGGGGGGAAAAUGAGGGAAGUGGACAAAAAGGAAUGGAAACACAGGCACAGGUGGCCUGGAGAAGAAGAACUACACUGAAGGCGGAGUGACGCUAAGGAAGGAGGUGGGAGCCUGAUAUGGUGCACUAGAUUGAGAAGAGACUUGUGUAGCAGACAUACGAAGCUGCUUGAGAGAGUGGAGGAAGCUUAGCAACAGAUUUGGAUUUUUCAUUAUUCUUCAUCUUGAGAGGUGAACCCAGACCAAGAUAACACUUGAAAUAUGGCUGGCUUUGCUGGUCAGUCUUCUCCCACUCCCCUAAUCGAAAAUCAGUAUUGAAUUGGCUGGCUGCCUACUGGCAGAACCGAAUUCACCGUAUUGUGUUAAAACUUUUAAAUCCUCCUUACUCACUACUGAGGGGAGGGGAGGCCUCGUUUAUGGGAUGGCUUUUGUUCUCAAAGAAUAGCAAAUGUAUUUAAUCCUAUUGGAUGAACCCUUACAAAAAUCUGAUGAGUAUUGAUUGAGCCGUGCAUUUACUUAGGUGCUUCCUCGCUUAACCUCGUUUGCAGAGAGCCAACAUACAGGGGUAGGGGUGGGACCAUCCCUGCUUUAAAGUAUGCAGUUUUGGUUUAGGAACUCCCACAGAAUGUGUUUGUGGCCUAUAAUAAAGAAUUAUGUUAAGAGUAGGAAAUAAAGGUCAGUAAUACCUUCUUAAUGGUGCCAUUGCUAAAGACUUUUGAGCCAUUUUUAUGUAGAUUGUAUUUGUAGGACUGAUGCGAUUUGGGGGCUUUGCCAGUGUUUUUUCACUCUCUAUAUUUUUAUUUUAAAUAUGUCUCUGGGAAUAACUGUGUUGCGAAUAGGAAAUGCAUUGGCAUAUUGUGAAAUACUGCUGCACAAGACCGCUCAGGGCAAGAGCUCUGCUGGCCUGUUUCAAUCUGAACUGACAUGCGCUCAGUCAGUGGAAUUUACUUGUUUUAUUGGCUGAAUGUAUGCCUUGUGAAGUCCUCAAAAUAGUUUAGAACCCGAGUGUUUUCUAAUCAGUACACAUGGAAACACUGAACAAAUAGCAUAUGAAUGUAGACUGAGAAAAUAAUCUUUCACCCAAAGGAUAAAGAGGUUCAAAAUUACAAGACAGAAUGAUGCAUCUUAAGAUAUAUACUCCAUCCAUCCAUCCAUUUCCCAAACCCACAUAUUCCCAAUCCAGGCUGCACACCCAAGUAUCUGGAGCAUGACAGGAGAGUUAUGGGUGCAGGCAGAUAGUAAUUCUGUUGCUAAAUGGAUUAUCUGCCAAUAAAGAUUACCAAAAGAUAUUUCUCCCCACCACCUUGCUGUUAUUAGUAGACCGUUAGCAACAUUCCUGUCUAUCUAAGAACAGAGUGCUCGUAUUGCACUUUAUGUCCUCUCGAUGAAGGCACAAGAUUAAUAACGCAAGUCUGCCAUAAACCUUUGUUUUCCCAAAUAAAAUACGAGCAUUACCUUUGGCAUGAAUAACAUAUGAGUGGCUGAACUUUUAAAGUGGACAUUAUCAAACCUGAUAACUCCUAUUCAAGGUCGUGAGUGGCCUACAUCUAACAUGACUGCAUUAGGUGAACUCUUAAUAACUCAUGUACUUGAAGAGAAAUAACUGGUUUUAAAACUUGAACAUUAAAAACAAACUUCGCUAUAAUCAGCAUUUCUGCUGUCUCAGCAGUGCUUCAGACAUGAGUGAGGCUGCACUGAAGUGUCUUUCUCACUACUACUGCAGGGAAGGGAUCUCUGAUUAGGGAAUUGUUGGCUUACUGAGAUUGUAAUGGCACAUGCAUUUAAGUUAGUGCCCUUAACCCAGCAAGUUAAACUAAAGCUAAUGUUGCAUUACAUGACUUCUAGUUGGAGGGUAUGCCAGAGUUGCUGAUCUCGUCACCGGAGUAUGUUGUGAGGGAUGUCAAAUUACAUGAGUGCAUGAGAAUUUUCCAGCAGUUUUACACUUCCAAAGAAUUGCAUGCUUGCCCAGCCCACUGGGGCAAUAAUAUGCUCUCUGACAGAGUCAAAGGGUUUACAGGUAUGGCGAGAGAAUCUGCAAUCCGGGAUCCCAACACCACCACCCCACUUCGGUUCUGUUGUGGUACCUAAAACAGUUUAGUCUCCUGUUUGUCAGCUCCCAAUCACCCACAUUCCUUCUUAUUUAUUGCUGCAUUAUAUGCAUUUUACUACCAGGUGAGCACUCAUUGGCUGUUUGUUAGUUGUCCUGCACACAGAGUUUGCUCCUAUGACUUAUUUAAUUUUGAUGGGGCAAGUUGCAGACUAGUUUGACUGAGUCACUGGGUAAGUCAGACUCCACAACUAGCUCCAACUCCUUAUGAUUAUGUAAAUGAUGUCUGCGACGGAAACACAGUGGAAAAGGCACUGACAUGGCCUUAACUUGGAUGGAAUGUUGCCCUUGCAGCAUUAAGGCAUUUAAGUUACUAGAAGGGGGAUUCAUUCAGUGAAGCAUGUUGUUGCUGCCCAGUGCUUAAGUAGAAUAAAAUCCAGAUACUGUAAUUUCCAAGACAAUUGAAAUAUAUUAAAGCCACAAGCGACACCCAGUCGCCCCAAAACUAAACUGUUUGUAGAGUGAAGUCCGUUGCUCUGUGCUCGAAUUGUAGGCAAAGAGUACAAGCAAAUUAAAUAUUGAGACCAAAUAAGUGAUGCGGUGUAUAAAAAUAUUACCCAGGAGUAACCAAAUUUAAUAGAGGGAAUAUGUCAACAUCUAUAGAAGUUUAUUUGGUAAAUUAAAAAUCACAGAAUUCUCUCUUGACACAUUUGGGACAUGUGUCCGUCACCCAAGUAUGACACGGCUUUUACAUUUUGGCCUGUUAAUGUUGACCCGAUACUUGUAUCUGUUAUUAAAUGUCUAGCAAUCGUCAAAAACACACAGAAUGCAAGAUUUGUUUUUUCUUGCAUAGAUACAGAUUUGGGGGCUCAAACAGUGUCUAUAAAGUAUACAACCCCAUGAACGUUUUCACAUUUUAUUGUUACACUAUGUGCGCUACCAGUUUAAAAUAGAUUGAGAUCUAAGUAAUUGAUAUACAAACCAGGGUAUUCAGCAUUCACGUUGGCAUUGCACCAUCUAUUAGAAAACAUUUAGUAAUGCAUGUAGCAAUAUAAAGCAUUGCUUUUGUCCUGCCAACAGGUGGCACAUCACAAACAUUUUUAGUAAUAAAAUGCAUUACUACAAAUGUUUGUGAUGCUCCAUCUGUUGGAAUGACAAAGACAUAGCAACCAGAUGAAUACACAGAUACAGACAUUUAUCCUUUUAUCAAGGUAGACGACACUGAAUCUCAGUGUAUUUAAUUUGGCUUUUUUGAUGCUGAGCAACAAAAAAGGAAUCUUUAAUGUCAAAGUGAAAAUUGAUCUUUACAAAGUGAUUUAAAUGAAUUGCAAAUGUAAAAAGCAAAAUAAUUGACUGCAUUCAGUAGUAGUAGUCAGUAUUUAGUAGAUGCACCAUUGGCAGUCAUGACAGUCCUGAGUUUGUGACCUCUGGUCUCUACCAGAUUUGCAUAUCUGGACACUGCUGUUUUUCCCUAUUUGUCUUUGCAAAAUUGCUCAAGCUUUGUCAGGUGGCAUGAGGAUUGUGAGUGAACAGUCUGUCAAGUCCAGAGACAAAACCUCAGCUGGAUGUGGAUCGUUAAUCAGCCUACACAUAAAGCAGGUCAUACGUUAGACUUAGUAAUUACUAAAGGACUAAAAGUUGAUAUAAAGCAGGUCAUUGAUACGGGUCUUUCAGACCAUUUUCUUCUACUUUUUAAUAUAGAAAUAAUGAUAGAAAACACUCAUGAGAAGCAUAUUGUUAAAAAACGCUUCUUUGACUCAUCAGCAACUUUAAAACUUACAUUCUAACCAAUCAGUCCGUUUAUAGUGCCAACUAUAAUAGCGAGGAGAAUGUAAAUAGUAAGGUGGAAAGAUUUAAUACUAAAGUGAGGGCUGCUGUUGACUUAGUUGCACCUGAAAAGACAGUUAAAAAAUCUUCUAGCAUUGUUAUACCAUGGAAGACCCAAAGAGUGUCUGAUUUAAAGAGAACAUGCCAUAGAGCUGAGCGUAAAUGGAGGAAGACUAAACUAACUAUUGACUAUGAGAUAUUAAAAGUUAAAAUAACAGAAUACAAUAACACAGUCCGUCUUGAGAGGCGCUGCUAUUUCUCUAAGAUUAUAAAUAACAAUGCUAGUAAUCCCAGAGUCUUAUUUUCGACAAUUGAUCAUCUGUUAAACCCAGGUAACUCAAAGGAAUGCCUCCUAAGUACUUCCAGUAAAACCUGUGAGGCUAUCGCUGUAUUUUUCAAUCAAAAAAUUAAUGAUAUUAGAAAUAACAUAGUAUAUCUCCCCAACACUAAGGAUCCUCCGAAACCCCAGUACUCCAUAAUAAAUAAAUUAGAGUCUUUCACUAGGAUAGAUUUACCUGAUUUACAUAAAAUAAUUUCUCAAAUGAAACCAUUCACCUGUGCCCUUGACCCAAUACCAACAAAUUUUUUCAAAGAAGUAUCGGGUGUGCUUAGUGAUAAUGUUCUUGACAUAGUAAAUUCGUCAUUAGAUACGGGGGUCUUCCCAGACUGUCUUAAGACUGCGGUAGUUAAACCCCUACUUAAGAAAAAUAAUCUCGACCCCUCUGCUCUUGAAAAUUAUAGACCCAUCUCUAACCUGCCUUUCUUAAGUAAAAUUCUAGAGAAGGCAGUCAUUAUGCAGUUAAAUGAGCACCUCAAUAAACAUGCUAUUCUUGAUAAAUUUCAGUCAGGUUUUAGAACAAAUCACAGCACAGAAACUGCACUCGUUAAAGUAGUAAAUGACUUGCGGGUAAAUGCAGACAGAGGCCAUUUAUCUGUUCUCAUCCUCUUAGAUCUGUUGUUAUUGUUGGAUCUGGACUUUGAAUUGGCCAUUCCAUUAUAUUGUCGUUGUUGUUUUUAAGACAUUCCUGUGUAGUUUUGGCUUUGUUUGGGGUUCUUGUCUUGAUGGAAAAUGGACCGUCCAAUAAGCAGGUUUCUUGCAGACUGUGUCAUGUUUUCCUUCAGGAUUUCCCAGUGUUUUGCUGCAUUUAUUUUUCUUUCACGAGCCUUGCAGGGCUAGCCAGACUCUGAGCUUUUUGGCCAUCAGAGUCUGCUCUAUCAGACCGUAGUGAGCUGACUUCAGAGUUUUUUGUGUGCCUUCUCACAAACUCUUGCUGAGAUGUUGUGCAUGUUUUUUUUUUCCUCCUUCACCGUAGCUUUCUCUUUGCCAUGCUCCAAUCUUAGCCACUGUAUCUUGUAACUCCUUCAGAGUUCUCAUAGGUCUCUUGGUGGCCUCCUUACUAAUCUUCAUCUUCUUGUAUGAUCACUGAAGUUUUUGUGAAUGGUCUGCUCAAGGCAGAUUUACAGCUGUGCAAUACUCUUUCCAUUUCCUAAGGACCAAUUUAACUAGACAUUCAGUGACAUGGACAUUUUGUCUCUGUCCCCUCCCCUGCACUUUAAAUCACUUUUUCAUGAUGUUGUUUGGAGUCUCGUUUUUGUCUUCUAGGGGCACAUAGACUAAAAUCAAUUGAAAUCCCAGACAGGUGGCCUCUUAUUGAACUAUUUCUAUGACUUCUAAAACUAGCUGGUUGCACCAGUGAUUAUUUAGGUGUGUCCUAUUAACACUUAUACAAUCAAUUAUUUGUGUUUAAUAUUUCUAAAUAAUUGGCUGCUUUUCAGAGAUUUGUUUUCACUUUGACAUUAAGUAGUCUUUUUCUGUUGAUCGGUGUAAAAAUGUCAAAUUAAAUCCACUGUGACUGCAGUGUUGUGUCACAAUACAAUGUGAAAACUUCCAAAGAGGUGAAUACUACUUCUUCUUAUAUGCACUGUAUUUGCUCCUUCCCAAUCUUUUGAUUGCUUAAGCAAUCCCCUGGAUUCGGUGACGUAGUUAACUCUUAACCAGGUUUACAGUAACUCAUUCCUUUUACCAUAAAAGUUUAAUUUUAAGCCAACUAAACAUUCAGGCAUAAGAGAACGUUCUUCCAAAAACGUGAAAAAGAAGGGAAAGUCUUAAACCAUGCAGUGCUGCAGCAAUAUUUUUUAAAUAUGAAAGGCAAGUACAUGAUAUUACACUUUAAAUAAUCAUGGCAGCUAAUUUUGUAUGGCGAAAACAAAGUAGAUAAAUAAAACUGUUGCAUACAUACAGAUAUAUACUGUAUAUAUUCACAAAAUGUUAUAGCAAAGCCAGUUAAUACAAGCUUUGUUUGAUCUCACAAUACAUCCUAUUGAAAAGGCCUCUAAAGCCCAUACUGGGGCAAUAUUUGUGAUAAUUUUAACGUCUUCUUUUUUUACGCCACAUAAAUUGUACAUAUUCCAUUAAAAAAAACAAAAACUGGCAGCUCAUUGACCUAUACCAUUUUCAGUCCUGGAUGACCACAGUGCUUUUAGGUCUUUGCUACAUGGAAUCUGCACUUUAGAAGACCGUUCCUAUUGUUGGUUAGAUAUACUGUACUGUAAUUUAUUUGUUCCAAAGGGGAAAUUAAGACUUUUGUAAACAAGUUGUUUAAUUCUGUGCCUCAUUUCUGCACUAUUCUCUCUGAUGAUGUUGAUUUUGCUUUUCUAAGGGAUAUCAUUAAGAUGUAUCAUGGACCAAAGCAGAUCAGUACCUCUUUCCUGCUCCUUCACUUUUUUUUGCAAGUGUUUUAAUGAAAAUUUCAAAAUGAAUACAAAGGUACAAAAGGGACCUACUUAUCUAGUAAAGCCAGUGUCACAAAAUGUGACUUCUAGUUGUGGCGUAUGUCAUCACCAGAACAUGUUGGCUUAAAUGACAUAAAAUUGCUGGGCAUGUCUACUUCACUGACUGAGUGCGGACCUUCCAGCCCAGUCAUGCUCACCUUUUUUUUUUUUUGGGAACAGUCAACAACAUGUUGCGUGGUGGAGCCGGUGCUGUCCAAAGUGUUAACAGGAACAUCUGAGUUUAGCCACACUGUCUGCCCCUUAUUCCUUUUCCAUUGUGUCGUAGUAUGUAAAACGACACCUCAGACAGACAAACUUCUCUCCUGUUUGUGAGUUUUAAAAUACAUUCCUCGUUUCUGCAUUCUGUGCUUUUUAUUUCAUUGUUUUUUCAGCUCCCAAGCUCUCAGAGGCCACCUCUGUGACUAAAGACACAAUCCCACCUGUUUAAUUUUAAGUUGCUGGGCAUGUUACAGUACAUGACUGGCUUCAGGGGAGGGCACCGCCAACUGACUCCAAUUUGCUAACUAUAUGCAAAUGAAGUCUCUGUCUGAAAAGUUGUGUUAUUUACCAUGGCCUUAAGAUGUUUGGUAACAGGUUAAGCAAACAAAAAGCAAUUCAAAAUAUGAAAGCAUCAGUUUUAAGAAUUGAAGAAGCAAUAAAGGAUUGUGGAUCUUAUUUGAACUAAAAUUAAGCCAAAACUAUUUUUGCAUUAGCAGUACUAAUUGGCUUCUCAUGGGAGAGAAUCUUGACUGGAAUAAAAAUUGUCAAACAAUGUGAGCUUUCAGGAUCAAGACUGAGUAUCCCUACCUUAAUGGCCACCUCAGAAAAAGAAAAUCUGCAAUAUCAGAAAUACCCGACAAUGUAAGAUGAGCAAGAGCUGACAUAGCACAGAAGCAAAUAGUUGGUUUCUUUAACAUUAUGAACUGGUUUAUAAAGUGGAGACUGGUUAAAGCAAAAACCUGCACCAGCCCUACAUAUCCAGGCUGUUACACAAAUGCAGAUACUGUCACCAGUUAAUAACCGUCUUGUGAAGUUCCUCUAGACAACUGGCCUACUUGCACUGCCUCGCAUAUAUACUCAAUACAUUUUAGUUUAGGCCUUCAAUAGUCAGAAGAAACCAGCAAGUGAUAGAACUAAAAUGUGAUUGUAAAUAUUCUCUACAAAAAAUAUUUCAUUUCUUAGUAUUUGGAACAUGGUAAACCACUGCAGAACUGCCAUUAUUCAUAAGGCUAUAAUUCCCGUCUUUCCUACACAAAGAAGGUAAAGCAUAGGACUAGAAUAACAAAUGGGGAUUACGGGUUUGUCAUCUGUCUUGGUGUUCGAUUUUUCCAACUACACUGCAUUUUAUCAUUCUGCUUUGUCUUGCAGAAAGUAUAUAUAUACACUGUAUGUGUGUAAAAUUUUAUAUAUAUAUAUAUAUAUAUAUAUAUAUAUAUAUAUAUAUAAAUAGGUGGGUGUAGACAAGGAUGUUGAAAUGUGUACUUCAACAAUAGCACAAAACAAAGCACAAUUCAUUUGACAUCCUAAACUGUGUGUGCAAGUUAUGACAAGAGGACACAAGUCUGAUCUAGCUCAAUUCUUCACAUUGCACAAGAAGAUUCAGGCCAAGGCAGAAACAAUGUAUAAUGUAUGAAUGGCUGAAGUGGGUGCUUGGAACACAGCCUUUUUUUCUCAUUGUUCGUUUAUAUUUAUUUCAAGACUCUUAAAAUACUUGAAUGCUGGGUCACUGGGCAUUUACUUUUCUUUCUUACUCAUGUACUGUUGCAGUGUUGCCCUCACUCUACUGUCCAGUGUUGCCAUUUAGCUGCUUAAAGUGGCCAUGUCUGGACUUUAUCAAAAUGUUCAACAAACACAGGAAGAUCUUUCUAAACUGCUUUCUACAAUCUUCCUAAGACAGCAAACCUAAAGUCACAGAAACUGCUAAACAUACUUGGUAUUGUUGGUAGAACAAGUCUCAUGCCGACUUAUAAAUGAGCGGGGGAGACUGCAGAGAUGGCUCCUGGUCUAAGACAUUUUUAAACUGUAUCUGUGGUAUGGACCAAAGCACUGUAUCUGGAUGGGUUUGCCUUGUCUAUCUGUGUCACAGCUGGGUGGGUGGCCGGCCGGCUGGCUGACGGCUUCCAUUUGGUGCCUUGUUAACUAUAUUUCACUAGAGGAAGCGUGAAGUUACAAAUGGACCAAUCCAUUAUCAAUACAUCCUGUUUUUUUGAGUCUUUUGACAGGUGUGUUAAUGUUGUAAUUUUCUUUUUUUUCCCCCAAAAAAUAUCUGUACAUGAAUACAGAAUGUCUUUUACCAGCAAGUUAAAAAUCUACUCUGGAAGUUUUGUAAUAUACUGAACACAUUUGUUUUACAUAAAGAUGUGUUUCUU